GUGACAAUUUGCAAUGAUUCAAUACGUGCGCAAAAUGAGUAUAAGUACAAUGUAAAUAUUUCAUAUUUUAAAUAUUUCAUCGCAUAAUAGUUUUUUCUUUAUAUAUUAGUAAAAAAUUAAAAUAAACAUAAAUUUUUAUUAGUCGAUAGUGUAUACAUAAAUAUCGAUAAGUGUAUCAACAUAGAUGUUUAUAACUGUAGCUUUGCGCAGAAAUAUUUGCGCAUCUUUGUCUAGAAGGUAUUAUUAAGCGAGAAUGUUUGGAGCAAAUAUAGAGUGCAUGGAUAUCGUUCUAAUAUGAUUUUGUGGAAUAAUAUAAAUAAUAUUCAUUUAAGUGGUAUAUGUUUAUUGAAUAAACAUUUUUAAUACUCAAAAUUAUGGCUUGUUGAGCCAAGAGUAUUGUGUUAAUAUAAAAAAAUAUAAAACAGAUAUACUCGGUAUAAUUAAUAUAAACAGGUUAAACACGACAAUAGUAACAUUCAUUUAUGCAAGUCUGAUUUUUCAUUCGAAGUUAAUAUAUUAUAAAAAAAUUGAAACACGAAUAUUAACUGGACAUUCAAGUAAUUAUCUUGUAUCAAGUGGAAAAUUUUUUUUAUAGCUUAUGCAAAUGUUUUAUAAAAGAUAAAAACAGUAUUUAUUGUUUAUAAUAUUAUUUAUAAAAACAAUAUUAUAUUAUUUGUGACUAUUAACAAAUUUCUACUACUCAAUGAUGGAAAAUAAUAUGACAGAAGAACAAAAAAGAUUUUUAGAAGAAUGUGAAAUUGAAUUUAAAGAUCGUUUUACUGAAAACGAUAUUGAAUUCAUGAAAAUUAAAAGAGCAAUACCAAAGAAACCACCAAUUGUAGAUCCAUGGUACAAUAAACCACGUAAGCAACCGUAUGACUGGGGUCAACAAAAUCAGGGACAUGGAAGUCGCAAUCAUAAUUGGGAUCGUAGAAGUCUUGAAAGAGGUGAUAGAUAUGAUCGUCAUGAUGGAAAACAUUAUGUUCAUUAUCAUAAUACGAAGCCAUAUUAAAGUCAACAUAUUACAUUUAUACUUUCUUAUCAUAUAUUUUGUACAUACAUUAUACAUUAAUUAUAUCAUAGAUUGUAAAUUAAAUAUAAUGUUUGCUAAUGUCUGUAAUAAGAGUAAUAACACUUUAAAAUCAAUAGAGAAAUACAUCAUUUUUUGCUUAAUGCUUACAAGGUA